AUGGGUGAUUUUGUUUUGCAGGGCCCAAAGUUAACUUCGACCAACUACGCAGCAUGGUCGGUUAUGAUGAAAGUUGUUUUGGGAGCAAACAGUUUGCAAGAUGCGAUUGGUAAAGAAAAAGGAUCGGGAAUUGAAGAAAGAAAGAAGUUUAUGGCCUUAGGUGUCGUCUUCCAAACCCUACCUGAAGACAUGAUGCUUCAGAUGGCUAAGUAUUCAGAACCGAAAGAUGUUUGGGAAGCGCUAAGAGUUCGUUAUCUUGGUGCAGAAAGAAGGCAGAAAGCUCCGAAGCUGGGUGGAGUGCAGUCAAAGUACAAGAGCUUGGGAGCAACCCUCAAAGAAGAGGUUGUGGUGAGAAAAUUCUUGAACUCUAUGCCUGAUAGAUAUUUACCUAUUGUUUCUUCGAUCGAGCAAUUCGCAGAUAUCGAAAAAAUGGCGUUUGAAGAUGUGGUUGGACGUUUGAAGGCAUAUGAAGAAAGAAACAAGUUCAAAAAUUUGAAUGAAAGUUCAUCCCAAAGUCAGCUUCUGUUCACCCAUAAUGAAAAGAAAGUUGAAAACUACCAAGGACGUGGUAGAGGACGUGGAAGAUACAACGAACGUGGAAGAGGGAAUCCAAGAUGGAAUAAUGAAUGUGAAAAUAAGAAUGAUGAACAGGGUGAAGAUCAGAGAAAGAACCCUGAAGAAUGGCAAGACAGAAGAAAGAACUUGAGGUGA